GACAGCAUCUGUGAUGGAUGGCGAGGGAGGUCUGUAGUGUAUGUAACUUGUUAGCACUUGUCUGGAUUGGAAAUCUUUCCUGAAGCAUCAUCCGAAACAAAGGCUAGAGAAGAAGAAAAGUAGCCUGUGAUGGACUUGUUUAGUGAAAUACUGAGAAGGGAACUGAGAUAUUUAUUAACUGAAAGGUAUUGAAGAGCAAAAAUUUCAGCCACUUAUUGAAAAGAAAUACUGCAUAGAGAACAGACUCUUAAAGAGCAUUUGCUUCUAGAAACAUUCAUUUUAAACAAACCAGAGAUUUGAAGAAAAAUAAAGGAAGGGCCAUUGUACUUGAACUGGAUUCCUACAAUUAUAUUGCAAGAAAUUUGAGUCUUUUUGCUCAGAGGGAUAACAGCAGCCUGUUACCUUGAAUUUUAGACAAAGAAAAGGUCUUACAGUUGCCAGAGGAGGUAGAUCGAGUGAGAGCGAACGGAGACUUCAGAGGUGUGGAUAAAUAAUAAGUAAGCUGUAUUCACGCCAGAGCACAGAAAGAGCAAGGAGGAUAACAACACCAAAUUGGAUUUAACCCUUUCAAGAAUUGAGCAACUGCCUCUCUCCAUGUCCCAUGGUGCUAUGAGGGUUGGAGUUUAGACCACCAUGAGUACGCUGAGGGGGAAUCUGUGGGUCCUGGUGCUGGCAGCCAUCUUCUACAACAUAGUGGCUGAAACCAUCCACCCCAACCCCCGUAUAGUUGAAAACCCCACUGAUGCCUACGUGGCAAGGAAUGAACCCGCAACCUUGAACUGUGGGGCCGAGGGCAUGCCUAAGCCCACCAUCACGUGGUACAAAGACGGCGUGCCAGUGAUAACAUCCAACGAGGAUACAGCAUCGCACAGGAUGUUACUGCCCAAUGGUCAAUUGUUCUUUUUAAGGAUUAUACACAACAAGAACAACAAGCCAGAUGUAGGGACAUAUUACUGCAAUGCUACUAAUAUCCAUGGAAGUGCAAUAAGUAGGAACGCAACCUUGGAAAUAGCAGUUCUGCGUGAUGAGUUUGAGACCAAUCCGCACUCGACCAAGGCAGCCAUUAACGAUGACAUUGUUCUCGAGUGCGACCCUCCGCGUGGAAAGCCCAAGCCGACCAUACUUUGGAAAAAGGACGGGAUUGUCAUUGAGAGGGACAGGAGGGUUGCCAUUGACGACAGCGGCAAGCUGACAAUAUCGCAGGCACAGAAGACAGACACUGGCACCUAUGUAUGUGUGGCGAGGAACAGAGCAGGAGAAAGGGAGAGCGUCAGCGCUUAUGUUGCUGUACAAGAGAAACCAGAGUUCACAGAACCACCCCAGGACAAAGAAAUUCAAAAGGGUCAGGGAGUGGAGUUCAAGUGUGCUGCCUCUGGGGACCCCGCCCCCACCAUUGCCUGGAGAAGAGAGGAGGGGGAGAUGCCCCUGGGGAGGUACAAUGUCCGAGAGGAUGGGACCCUGGAGCUGAAGCUGGCUGAGAUUAGUGAUGAAGGGGUGUAUAUAUGUCGAGCUUCUAAUCCAGUGGGUUAUAAGGAUGCCCAAGCCAGGCUGACUGUACAGUCUCUGCCAGAGUUCACCAUUACGCCUAGGGACAAGACAGUGGGUGUUGGGAGGACGGUGUCUCUUCGCUGUGCUGUGACUGGUAAUCCCCCGCCAGCCUUGUACUGGAAUAAAGAGCAGAGUAAGGUUUUGUUUUUUCCGAGACAAGGGUACGGCAGGUUUACAGUUUCAGAUGGUGGAACAUUAAAGAUAGAGGACAUUAGAAGGAGUGAUGAUGGUAUAUACCUGUGCCAGGCAGUGAGUGUGGCAGGGACUGCUUUUGCAAGGGCAAGGAUCACAGUGCAAGAUGUGGACCCACGACCACCUCCCAUCAUCCAUCAGGGUCCAUCGAACCAGACCCUCCAUGUCAGCACCCACGCCAUGCUGCAGUGCCAAGCCUCAGGGGACCCCUCCCCUACCAUACAGUGGUACAAGGCCAACCAGCCCCUGCUGGCAAACAACCCAAGGUUCACCCUGCUGGCGUCAGGGACCAUGCAGAUAUCAGACCUGAGGCUUGAGGAUACAGGCUACUAUCAGUGUAAAGCAGUCAGUGAGACAGGGGAGACAACAAGAGGAGCUUAUCUCACAGUAGAGGCCAGCCAUACGACGGUCAUUCACCGCACUCCAGAGGCGUCAACAUUUCCUGGACCGCCCUCAAAACCAUCCAUCCUGGAAAUAAAUGAGCAUUAUGUCAGGUUGUCGUGGCAACCAAGUGAAAAUACUGGAGCUUCCCCAGUGACAAGUUACACUAUGGAGUACUUCAGCCAUGAAACGGGAGAGGGAUGGAUUGUGGCCUCCAACAAUAUCCGUGGCACCUCAUUCACUGUGAAUGGACUUCAGAGUGACACCAAGUAUAUUUUCUUAGUACGGGCUAGGAAUAGCCAUGGUCUGAGCCUACCUUCACCUACCACAGAGGUGAUAAGGACCAAAGGGGGCAAUGGCAGCAGACGGACGGAGACGCAGAUAGAUAUUCCACUGAUAGAGAACAUGUUAUCUGGAGAUGUAGUCAGAAUGUCAGAGCCUGAAGUUGUGGGGUCAACCAUGGUCAAGUUGACCUGGACGGUGCUGAAAUCCCAGCAAUAUAUAGAAGGCUUUCGUGUGAUAUACCGAGAAGUUGAUCCCUCUCAGAGAACAGUAUCCAGCUCGGGCAGUAACUCCUUCUAUAAGAACUGGUACCAAGAGACCGUGUCCAGCAGCAGGUCCACUAUGUAUUUCUUACGACACCUUAGAAAGUGGACGUGGUACGAGAUCCGAGUACAGCCGUUCUUCUUGUCGGUGAAUGGCCAGGCUAGUAACAUUGUACGGAUCAAGACCCAACAAGAUGUGCCAUCUGCUGCUCCCCAGAAAGUGAUGUCAAGGAAAUUUGACAAUAAUUCAGUCUAUGUUGAAUGGAAGCCACCUGCCACAGAGAACAUACAUGGGGUCAUGAGGGGAUAUGUGAUUUUUCUGAUUGCUGAUGAUCCUCAGUACAGUCGUAACAUCACCCUAAAUGCUAGUACCACGUCAUACAUGAUAGGCAACCUGAUCAGCGGGGUGGAGUAUAAACUACAGAUUGGAGCCAGGACAGAUGUGGGGGUGGGGCGAGUCAGUGAGGCCACAACAAUUGUAAUCGGCCAGCCUCCCUGGUUUCUUCCGACCAUUAUUGGGACUGUGGGUGGAGUCCUGUGGAUUGUGCUGUGUGUCUUUGUUGUGUGGCUAUACAGAAGAAAAAGGAACAAGAAAGCACAAAAGAACAGUGUUGUCAUGGUACCAGUGCACAAGGCCAAUGACCCAAAUAGCAGAAACAGCUUGGCACAGGCUCCUCCUCCUGGGAUAAUUCUAGCCAAUCGGGACACUUCUGCUGGUCACCAUGACAAUCAGAAUUGUGUCAACUCUUGUUGCCAUGGCAAUCCAUCAACAAGCAAUCACCAGUGCACUCCUUCAUAUAACAAUUUCAGUAGGAAUUCUGGGAAUGACCAAGAUUAUCAUACAAACUCCUCAGAUCAGAGUAAAGUCAUCAAUGUAGGCGAUGAAAAUGUCUACAACUGUAUAGAUGGCGCCAGUCCACAAAUCAAAACUUUCUACGACAAAGGUCACCCUCUCAAUGUGACACCAUAUGCAACAGCAAACUUAGUUAAUGCAAAUAAUAUAUUAAAUAAACAGCAUUCAGAAAGUGCAUUCCGGCCCAUUCGACAGGGCAUCAUUGAUCCUCAGAUGCACAGUGGCUCCAGUGACAGCUGCUUAAAGCCAGGUAUCAGCAGUGAGUCUAACACGGACAACAGUAGGCCCAACACAGAUAUACCUCAUGACCACUACCACUACAGUGAUCAAGUGGGCAGUCCACACAGCGAGUCAAGUGAAUUCACCAUGGAUGAAAAUGGAAUUCCAUAUCGAAAAAAUAGAGGGCAGCAGUGUAAACAGCCCGUUUUAAACUUCGCAGACUUAUUACCCCCUCCCCCAGAGCACCCACCACCCACAGAUAUAGAUUCCCCUCCAGAUUCACCACGUAGGGGGAACUCUCCUGUGAGAGGAGGUCAGAAUGAGAGGUAUUAUGAUAGAGGGCAGCAUUAUGGACAGUUACGCAGCCCUUUGUCCCCCGCCUCAUCGGGGUCUAUUAGAAAUUAUCCCCAGAGAGGGAACGGACAGUACAGCGACUCAGACUACAGGUCUCAGUCUCCCAAGAGUAAACAAGCUCAGCAGUUAGCUAAUGGUGAUCACAGAACGCAUUCGCCUAGGAACUAUAACGAGGUUUUACAAGCAAGAAAUAUGUCACAGUCCCCUCGUCACAGAACUGACUCACCAAAGUCGUCAUCUCAGCAGCAGCCGCCUUCAUACUCUGAGGUGUCAGCCAGUGAAAACGAGAGGGGACCCACACCUCCUGUGAGAGCAUAUAAACUUGUUCCUAUUCAUAAUAAAAGUGACCUAGGAGGAGGUGGAGGAGGUGGUGGAAUGGGAGGGAGAUACGAUUCAGAUCGAGGUCCAACUCCCCCUGUUAGGAUGUAUGCCAUUCAUUCACCUAUAUCUCCAGCAUCCUGUCCCGGGGUGUGCAUGGACCGAGGGAUCCAGUCUUCUCUUCCUAGCCUGACCAAUGAGAGGGUGCAUUCCCCUAUGUCAGCAAGGUUAGAAAUGGGUCACCACGGAGGCCCUCAGCUCAGUCUUGACUACCGCCCCGAGUCCCCAGUCUCUGAGGGGCUGCCAGAUUACGCAGGAGACUCCGACAUGGAGCCGCCAUGUCAUCAGAGGGAUUGUGGGACACCUGAUUCCAGUAUUGGCGAGCCUGAGGGCAGUGUCACAGGUUCUAUGCUCGCUUCUUGGGCGAGUGUCACUGAUAACAGUGACACCUGUCUGUCCAGUAGAUCAAGUGCCACCUCAAGUGAUGGCUCUUUCUUCACAGAAGCUGAUUUUGCCAGCGCUGUUGCCAAGGCUGCAGAACUUUCAGGUCUCACGGUCGUAGGUUCCACAGUUACUGACCCCAAAGCAGGCAAGAAGAAUCGCCAUCGCUAUCGGGAGCGGGCAGCAGCUCAUCGACCCCACAGCCCCUACAGUACUGACAGUAACUUCAGUGUAGUACAACACAAGCCAUAUCCUAAAGCUAACAGAAAGAAGCAGUUACAGGAGCAAGCUGCUAAAUACCCGAGAUACACAGCCCCUGGGGACCAGGUCAAUCCACCCACAACCAAACCAAAGCCACCCCCCUUGAAGGCCAAGCCCACUUUGCCCCAAAGUGAGUAUCAUCCACUUCCUUUUGUAGUGGAAAACCUCCCAUCGUACAGCCGACCAAAUUUCCCGACGCCAUCUUCCCACAUGCAGAGUCCCACGUCUACCAACUCGUACUCCUCCAACACCCCCUAG